CCGGGUUACUGUAAUGGAUGCGCCCAUGGACACAUGUAUGCCUUGAGAAAAAACUAAGUGAUGGCUCUUUUCUUAAGACGGAAAUUCAUACGAAGUUUCAUCCGAGCCGUUCAAGCCAAGACUGUUGAACUUGACAAUGUAGGAAGAAAGGAAGAGACAGCACUGAAAGAGAACAUCAAGUAUAAAAUACAUGACCACAGCAUCAGAUAUGAGGCUGAAGAUAUAUCUAAGAGACUUGGAGUACCAGCUGAGAAGAUUUUAUCAAUAACUGUUGACGAUAUCAAUGAGCAGAGUACAGAAACGGAAUCAAAAAGUGUGUCACCUUGGAUCAGUCACCAUAGAAACAAUAGUGGCACCAUUUCCUUCAAACUUUCAAGGAACCGCAUUCAUCAGAAUGCGCUGAAAAUGGUGAGGGAACAGAAGGAUAGAUACGGCACUGUGACGUUAUCAGAGGACACCGAAAAACAGAGAAUUCUUAUAGAGUACAGUUCUCCAAACAUAGCCAAACCUUUCCAUGCUGGGCACUUUAGAUCUACAAUACUGGGGAAUAUAAUAGCUAACCUAUAUGAGGCCAGCGGUCACACAGUUUUCAGGAUUAACUACCUUGGCGACUGGGGAAUCCAGUAUGGAUUAUUGGGAUAUUGGCUGAGGAAAUAUGGCAGGGAGGAUAUCCUUGAAAGUAAAUCAGUGAAAUACAUGCUUGAGCUGUACAUCAAAGCUAAUGAAGAAAAGGAUGCGGAACAAUUUCUGACAGAGGACAACAAGAUAAUCACCAUGGAAAGUCAGAAAGUAUUCCGAAGAUUAGAAGAAGGUGAUCCUGAGGAACUUAGACUGUGGAAGAAGUGUAGAGACCUAAGUGUUCUAUAUUAUGAAGAAUCCUACCAGAAACUGGGCAUAAAGUUCACAGAUAUUGAGGGGGAAUCCAUGUAUUUAACUCAGACAAAGCAGUUAAUAAAUGACCUAAAACAGAGAGGACUGCUCCAGUAUCGAAGUGAUACAGGGGUCGGCUACAUGAAGUUGAAACCUGAAGGACUGGUUAAGGAAGCAGUACUCGUUAGAAGUAAUGGAACCUCCUUAUAUCUUACCAGAGAUGUUGCUGCAGCAUUUGACAGACACAAGCGGUAUCAAUUUGAUAGAUGUUACUAUGUCGUGGAGCAGGGACAAUAUCUCCAUUUUAAACAGCUCGGUAGGAUCCUCAAGGAGCUGGAUGUGGAAUGGGCCAAAAGGUAUGGGGAUUCUCUUCAUGUAGCAUUUGGAAGAAUCGGACACAUGAGUACCAGGAGAGGCAAUCACAUACUGUUACUCUUGUUCCUUGACGACCUAAAGCAGGUGGUCCUGUCGGCUAUGGACAGGUCUGAAACAACAAGAGUAGAAGGGGAAGAGAAGGAUCGAGCUGCAGAAGUCAUUGCCCUGACUACACUAGUGUUUUGGGAUCUAAGGAAAGUAAAGAAAAGAGACUACACUUUUGACUGGACUAAAUUGAUCCAGCAAGGUACACAUGAUGGCAGUAUGAUGCACUACUGUCAUUCACGGCUAUGCAGUCUUCUGUCAAUAUACUACCAACCUGAAAUGGAUGAGGGUGACAUUGAUCUUAGCCUACUGCCCGAAGACACCGCCACCAAACUUAUAAGUAAGAUGAUUGAGUAUGAAGCUAUAGUGGAGUCAGCUGUGGAAAACCAGGAGCCACAUGAGAUCGCUUUCUUCUUAAAAACAUUCAGAAAUCUAAUCAACUCUGCAAUGGUGACACUGCAGGUAAAAGAUGAAGAUCCAGAGGUUGCCAAGGCAAGACUACAGCUGUUCAAGUGUUGUAAAACUGUGAUGGCAAAUGGAAUGCAGUUACUUGGAAUUACCCCUCUGGAGAAAAUGUGAACCAAAGUUACACCAGUGAUCAAUUAUAAAUAUUUAUCAAUUAUUGGAGCACAAACUUUCAGCAUGUUAUGCCCUAAAGACUUACUUGUGCUGUUGACUUCCUCCUCAGGGUUUUGACUUAUAUUUUACAGUGUGUGAGAUGAUGAAAUGUUAAAUUGAGUGAGUGAAAGUAAAGCUUGAAAUAUGUGUCAGUAAAUUAUAAAACAUGC